AUGACGAGCAGCACUUGGGCUUCAGACGUGCAGUGGAAAUUCCACGAUCCCACCUCUCGCUCCACGUACACUGUCGAUCGCUCAACGGGCACCGGCGCUGGUUCCUACACCAUCAACAUCAGUUCCGGGCCGCGCACCGAUUGGUGGACCACUGCGCCCGGCUCGCAACCUGAAUCGUCGGCGCAUCGCACCACCGGUCCGCUGGUAUACCAAACCCGGCACAUCUCGUCUUGCACGUCGUGGAGGCUUUCGGCGCUCGUCUCGCAACCCGGCUUGGAGCGCUUCCAGCAAACUACGCUGUUCAUCCAGCGCUGCAGCGAGGAACAGAGCGACAUGGCCGCGCAAUUGUGGCUCAAGGCGGGUGUUGAGAACGAAGGUGGAAGACAGUACGUCGGCGUUGUCGCUACAAACCCUUAUUCGGACUGGAACGUCUCGCCUUUGCCCAAGCGCAAAGAGCAUGUGCAAACCAAGGUGCUCAUCGAAAUCGAAAAGAUCGGGCCAGACGUACAUGUAUACUACACGCUCCAGGGCGACGAGGAGCGUCUGCUGUUGAGGGAGAAAAAGGGCUUCGCUCUACCCGUCCAGGCCGAACAGAUGGAACACUGGAGGCUCGGUGCUAUGGUGUGUGGACCGUUAAGCGACGCUACGCAGGGACUCGUGCAAGAGUGGAACUGGGAGGUCCUACCCGACUCGCACCAUCAUUGA